AGCUUUGCGCUGUCGGAUGCCGAGGACGGCUCGUCUGCGCUGACGCUUGGGUUCAAAUCCUCAGUCUGAAACGCAGCGGUGUCCUCCCCCCCUUUUAUUUAAGCUCUGCAUCUUUACACAGGCGCAUCUCUCCCGGCCUCGCAGAGACAGCUGUAAUUUCUUUUUCUCUGCUGCUUUUUUUCUGAUUCUGGGAGAUUUGAUGGGAUUUCGCUGUCUGAAAGGAUCGCAGCACGGCUACUUCCAUAUGCAGUGCCAGGCUGUUGCUGUUAGUGGUCUGUGAUCGAUGCGUAAAAAGGGGGGGAAAAAAUCAAAGCUAAACUGUGACAGACUGAACUUCAGCUUUAUUGAUGGUGCAAGCAACCAAAAGGGCAGACCCCCAAGACUUGAAGACUGUUUUUCUGAAGUAUGCCAGCGUGGUGCAGGAUGGAGAGCAUUACAUGACCCCCAAGGACUUUGUGCAGCAUUACCUGGGUCUGCAUACACAGCCUCAACACAAUCCCAAAACUGUGGAGCUGAUAGCCGGAGUGGCUGACACCACCAAGGAUGGAUUGAUCUCUUUCCAGGAGUUUCUGGCCUUUGAGGCAGUUCUAUGUGCCCCCGAUGCCCUGUUCAUAGUUGCCUUUCAGCUGUUUGACAAGACCGGUACAGGGAACAUCUCAUUUGAGAAUGUACGUGACAUCUUCAGCCAGACUACAGUCCAUCACCACAUUCCCUUCAACUGGGACUGUGAGUUCAUCAGGCUACACUUUGGCCAUGAAAGGAACAAGAACCUCAGCUACACAGAGUUCACCCAAUUUCUGCAGGAGCUGCAGCUUGAGCACGCCCGCCAGGCAUUUGCACAAAAAGACAAGAGCAAAAGCGGCACCAUCACUGCCUUGGACUUCAGUGACAUCAUGGCCACCAUCAGGCACCACAUGCUGACUCCGUUUGUUGAGGAAAAUCUGGUUUCAGCUGCGGGAGGGAGCACCUCCCACAUGGUGAGCUUCUCCUACUUCAAUGCCUUCAAUGCUCUCCUCAACAACAUGGAGCUGAUCCGCAAGAUUUACAGCACGGUGGCGGGCACGCACAAAGACACUCUCGUCACCAAAGAGGAGUUUGUUCAUGCUGCAAAUAAGUUUGGUCAAAUCACUCCGAUGGAAAUUGACAUCCUGUAUCAGCUCGUUGGUCUCCACUCUCACUCCGGGCGGCUGAACCACGCAGACAUCGAGAGAGUUGCCCCGCUGGAGGAAGGAGACAUGCCAUACCACCUAGCAGAGAGCCACAGACAGCACGCUCACGAAACGUCUCGGCCCAUCUGGCUCCAGGCUGCGGAGUCUGCCUACAGGUUUUCUCUGGGCUCAAUCGCUGGAGCUGCCGGCGCUACGGCUGUGUACCCUAUUGACCUGGUGAAGACGCGCAUGCAGAACCAGCGCUCCACCGGCUCCUUUGUAGGAGAACUGAUGUACAAGAGCAGCUUCGACUGCGCAAAGAAAGUGCUCCGUUACGAGGGCUUCUUCGGCUUUUACAGAGGUCUCCUCCCGCAGCUCAUUGGCGUUGCCCCGGAGAAAGCUAUCAAACUCACGGUGAACGAUUUUGUCAGAGACAAGUUCACCAACCAGGAUGAUACCAUCCCUCUUCCUGCAGAGAUUCUGGCUGGUGGAUGUGCUGGAGGCUCCCAGGUGAUUUUCACCAAUCCUCUGGAGAUUGUUAAGAUCCGUCUGCAGGUGGCUGGAGAGAUCACUACUGGCCCAAGGGUCAGUGCCCUGACUGUUGUGAGGGACCUGGGCUUCUUUGGCCUCUACAAGGGAGCCAAAGCUUGCUUCCUGCGUGACAUUCCCUUCUCCGCCAUCUACUUCCCCGUUUAUGCCCACACCAAGGGGAAGCUGGCAGAUGACGAUGGAAGGCUGGGGCCUCUGCAGCUGCUCACUGCUGGAGCUAUUGCAGGUGUACCAGCAGCUUCGUUGGUGACCCCUGCUGAUGUCAUCAAGACCAGGCUCCAGGUGGCAGCCCGAGCAGGCCAGACGACGUAUAACGGAGUCAUCGACUGCUUUAGGAAGAUCCUCAAGGAGGAAGGUUUCAGAGCAUUUUGGAAGGGCGCAGGAGCUCGCGUCUUUAGAUCGUCACCGCAGUUUGGCGUAACACUGGUGACCUACGAACUGUUACAGAGAUGGUUCUACGUUGACUUUGGAGGACAUCGUCCUGCUGGAUCUGAGCCCACUCACAAACCUACAAUCAAGGACCUUCCCUCUGUGACUCCAGACCACCUGGGUGGUUACCUUCUGGCCGCCUCAACCUUUGCUGGCGUGGAGAGAAAAUUUGGCCUGCACCUGCCUAAGUUUAAGCCUUCCGGAGAGGUGACAAUCACAUCAGCGACGUCCAAAGCGGAGCCUCAAGCCUCAUAAACAGUCACUUCUCGUGAGGGCUGCAUGCUCUUUCAGCCCUCAUUUCCUCCUUUACUUAACCACAUUUCGAUUCAAUGCAUAGAAGUGGUUGUCUUACUAUAAAUGCUGCAUGGGUAUGGCUUUAAUUGCAUUUUCUUUGCAUAGCUUGCACAAUUUUUUGUA